AUGUAUGACGAAGAUGACGCUAAUAAUAUUGGCGCUGAGCGCCUAUCGCAGUCUCAAAAAUCCCAUGAUCAUUCCUCCCCUUCACCUCAUUCUUCACUCCCUUCCAACCGAAAUCGAAACAGCGACAUUAUUAAUAGUGAUUACUUGUAUCCAACUCAACAACAAAAUAUAGCAAAAAAUUCUAAUAAUAGCAACACAAAUUUAAGCAUUAAUCCAAGUACUAAUUCAGCUGAAAGAUAUA